AUGGCUUCCAUUGAAGAAGUACUACAGAUUUCGAAACGCAUGCAUCGCACUUUGCCUUCACGUGCACCACUAAUCAUUAAUCACUACUGGAAGGCUCCCCCUACCGUUUUCCAAGCUUUAUACUUUGGAACAAACUGCUUACGUCCCACUUUUGUGGACGUCAGCACCACUGAACUAUUUCACUCCAAUGUUUCCCCAUCCGCAGUGAUAUACGAGCCAUACCUGGUGCCAAACGCAAACUACGUUGACAUGGAAGAUGACGAAUUCAGAGGAAGAUCAGACAAUGAAGAAGAAAGUGAAGUAGCAACGACACCUAUUGCAGCCCAAGACUGCACCUGCUUUGAAAUUGUCACAUGGACUUACCAGCACUUCCCGGACAUACCUUCCAUUAUGCUGGCCAAUCCAAUAGAAAACAAGCUUGUGAAUAAAAUCAUACAGACACCUAUCUGUCAACAACAUACAUGGUAUGGAGGUGUACUGUUAGUCAAACAUUCCCAAUGGCAACCAGACCACAUCACAUAUGCAAAUGCAGAAGAUAUUGCGCUCUUCCGCGUGCUCUUGGCAAAUGCGAUCGUGAAUGGUGAAAUGCACCAAUAA